GAGUGGCUUUACUUGAAAGCGAGUUAACGUAGUGUGAGACGGCUGACCUGUGACGAAAUUUAAGUGAUAUAAAAAUAUUUUGGUGUGGACCUAGAAUGUCCAUACUAGCAGAGUUGCCUUUACACAGACCUCAGGAGUGCCCGGGCGUAGGCCCAGCUCGUUGGAUGAAUUCUUGUACCUCUGAAUUCGAUAGAGACUCGAUGGACAGUGAGGACGAACAAAGUCGAAGUUCUUACUCCCAGGCUUCGCCAGAUCAUUCUCCUGCCGGCUCCCCUGGGUCUCAGUCCCCCGACCGAGCUCCAGCUACGCGAGCCACAUCGUUUUCUGUUAAUGACAUUCUGGACCCUGCCAAAUUUACAGGGGCACCCGUUACUAAAAAACUACCAGUCUGGCAUCCGUGGGCAGGGAAAGUAGCAGCGUCUUCGGGGGGGGAGGUUGGGGACCCUGACGGCUCUUGUCAGACCUCUCAAAAGGUGCAAGAAGAAGUAGAUAGCAUGGCUAAAGUUGACGCGGUACCAGGAAUAGAAAACGAAGAAGCAACCACAGAAAAGCAGACACUUCACAGGGAAAUGGAAGACGAUAAGAACGUGACCUCAGAGAAAACAGAGAAUUCAGAUGAAGAUGAUGAGUCCAACUUUGACGAAGAUGAAGACGACGAGAAGAGACAGUCAGUAGGUUCUGAUGGCGGAAAAGCAGGAAAACCGCGGAGAGCGAGAACAGCAUUCACUUACGAACAAUUGGUAGCCUUGGAAAAUAAAUUUAAAACCACGAGAUAUCUAUCCGUGUGCGAACGCCUCAACUUGGCCUUGUCUCUGAAUUUGACUGAAACUCAGGUGAAAAUUUGGUUCCAAAACAGGCGAACGAAAUGGAAAAAACAAAACCCAGGCUUAGACGUGAAUAGCCCCACCAUACCGCCUCACCAUUCCUCACUGACUGGCCUCGGCGCUUACCCGACACACACGUACGGGGCGGCGUCAGGCAUGCUGUAUGGACAGUCUUACCUGCCGUACCUCCACGGAGCGGGCACCAUAAGUCCUUUCACGUUGCUGAGACACCCUCAGUACACGGCGGCGGCGGCAGCGGCUGCUGCGGCUGCAACACAACAUCCAUUUCUUUAUCCAUACUUUGGACAAACUUUGUGAAAAAGAAAAAAAAAACCUUUAUACAUGUAGAUUGGAUUUCAGUUGAUCUGGAAUUUGACUGAAUUGUUUUGUUGUAGUAUUACUCUACUGAAAAAAGGGGCCGCGCAGAACAGGUGAGGGCUAUUCUACCGAAUACGAAAACAACUUUUGUCGUAAUUUACUUUCGGAUUAUCACUUAUGAAUUAUGACAAAAUAAUUAUUGAUGGUUAUAAAUUUCCGGACAGACCUAUUACGGUGAAAGGUAGGGACUUUCUUUCCAAUUUUCCACCGACCCGCUUAUGCAAAUACUGCAUUUGAAAGGGAAGGUUUACAAUGUGCACCGUCUGCUAGAGAAGAAGGUUUAUUUUGUAAAUAUUGUACAGUCAAUUUGAUGCACACAACUUCUUCAUAACUUAUUUUGUUGUUAUUAUUAUUUUAGUAAACAGCGCCAUUUUUACUGACUCGUGUCCACACUGGUUUGUGUUGUAUGCAGUAACAAUAGUAGUUCAUGGCUGUUGUGGCUUUAACCUAUCAGUAUAACUGCAUAUUUACCAUGGUCAAUUUCUCCAGCUUGGUGCUAAAAAAGUUGUGUAUCAGAAUACUGAACAGCAUCCCAAGUCUGCCAAAAAGUGAAAUAAAUUUCACGUGAA